AUGAUCUGCGUAUCCCUGGCAACGGUUGCUGGGGACUACGCCUGCGUUUGCAACUACAACGUCGAGGCUGCAGUGCGUCUGCUCCCUGACGACAACGCGGAGCCACACGGAUACAUGUACGAGUUUGACUGCAAGCCUGCGGGAGUCGGGUCUCGAACCGGCAACUUCUUGGAGAUAAUGUUUGAAGGCAAGACCGCAUACAUCAAGCAGGAUGCGAGUGUCCAGAGCCAGACCUGCCCGGGGGCCAUACCAGUAACAGACCUAGUAACAACGACUACACUUAAAACUUCCACAACGACAUUCAUCACCACCAUAUCAACAACCACCACACCUACAACAACAACCACACCUACAACAACCACCACCUCUACAACUAUCACCACACCAACAACGACUACAAUACCUACAACAACCACCACAUCUACAACAACCACCAUACCUACAACAACCACCAUACCCACAACGACUUCAACAACCACAACAACCACCGCACCUACAACAACAACAACUACACCUGCAACCCCCACCACACCUACAACAACCACCACACCUACAACCCCCACCACACCUACAACAACCACCACAUCCACAACAACCACCACACCUACAUCAACCACCACACCCACAACGACUACAACAACCACAACAACCUCCACAACACCUUCAACAACAACCACACCUGUAACCACCACAACACAAACAACAACUACUACACCAGCAACAACCACCACACACACAACGACUACAACGCGUAGACAGACAACAACGACCACGGCCACCACAACAACAAGAUCGACAACACAAACAACGAGACCGAACACUCCAUCUAGCAAUGCUUCUUCCGUUCCAGAAGAUCACACGGAGCUAUGCCCAGACAACGUUAGGAAUGCCAUCAACAAGGGAGGUUUUCUCGGCCAGUAUGGCCACUAUUGCUAUGAACUGAUAAACAACGUCACCCAGUGGCAUAACGCACAGCGACACUGUAACGUUUCCGGUGCAGGGUACCUGGCACACGUAGCUAACCACGCAGAGCAGGACUUCAUUGUGCGGUUCCUUAACAAGCACCAUUUUGUGCCGUCCAUCUGGCUGGGUUUGACGGACUCAAAACAAGAGGGUCAGUGGACGUGGAUGUCAGGCGACCCAGUUACAUACACCAACUUUGGGCAAGACUAUAAACACCAUGGUCAAUCCACUCACAGCAACAACGAUUGUGUGAUCAUGAAGCAGGGUGGGGAGUGGACGGACGUUGCGUGUGGGACGGCAACCAUUAACGUCGGGUUUUUGGGAGAAAGACACCCCUUUAUUUGCCAAUAUAAAAUCGUUCAUCACCCUACUGAGAUUGGCUAA